GGCCGAAUUGCGGAAUCACCCCGCCACGGCCUGCUUCUCCGUUAUCAGAUCGGCGAAAGGUGUCUCCGACGCCGUUGAUCCCGGGAACUUUUUUGUUAGCCAAGAUUUCGGCAUCCGCAACCAACCCAGACAACAACGACAAGAUGUUGAAGACGGUCAAGCCCAAGAAUGCCCGCGCCAAGCGCGCAAUGGCAAAGCGCGAGCCGCAACAGAACGAAAACCCCAAGACAACGCUCUUCGUCUCUGGCCAGAAGACCUCGCAGAUCCUCAAGCUCGCCGUCGCCGACCUCUGCACAAUCAAGCGACCUUUCAUCGAGCGCUUCACCAAAAAGAACGACAUCCACCCCUUCGACGAUGCGACCUCGCUCGAGUUCUUCUCCGAGAAGAACGAUACCUCGCUCCUCGUCCUGUCCUUACACUCAAAGAAGCGACCACACUGCCUGACACUAGCAAGAACGUUCUCAUACAAGAUGCUGGAUAUGCUAGAGCUGUACAUCAACGCAGAGACUUUCCGGACGCUCCAGCAAUUCAAGAACAAGAAGCCUUCAAUCGGCCUCAAGCCACUAAUCAGCUUCCACGGCACCGUCUUCGAGGACCCCACCCAAACCAAAUAUACACUAGCCAAGAGCCUUUUCAUCGAUCUGUUCAAGGGCCAAGACGCAACCGAAGUCGACGUCGAAGGACUCCAAUACCUCGUCUCCGUCUCCGCCGAAGAACCCACCGACGCGCUCCCCAACCCGCAAAUAAAACUCCGCUUCUACCUUCUCCGCACCAAGCGCUCAGGCCAAAAGCUGCCGCGCAUCGAAGUCGAGGAGAUGGGCCCGCGCAUGGACUUUUCGCUCGGCCGCGAGAUGUUCCCUGACCCGGAUAUGAUGAAGCAAGCGCUGAAGAAGCCCAAGGGCGCCGAGCCGCGAACCAAGAAGAACUUCGACACCGAUAUGAUGGGUGACAAGGUGGCCAAGGUUCAUCUUGGCAAGCAAGACUAUGGUAACCUGCAGACGAGGAAGAUGAAGGGUCUCAAGCGAGGAAGGGGUGAGGACGACGAGGAGGUUGGUGUCGAGGACACGGCGAGUGAAGGCGAGGAGGAAGAGAAGACGCCCAAGAAGGCCAGAGUAUGAAAUGUAUCAAGACAUGAGAAGUAACUGCAUGGGCGGCGUUAAGGGUGCCUCUGGCGUUCAACUGUUGGGCGAGACUAUACCAAUCUGCACAUUUGUAGCAAGUCAUAGGCGUCUCAAAAGUCGAAUUGAUUCGAGUGAUA